AUGUCGGCAUCUUUGGGUUCAAGUGCUGCUUUGCAAAGGGACGUCUGCCAGGUCCUCUGUGGGUUCCCCCGUGUCGCUUUGGCCCGGCCUCCACGACCGUGGCAGCUGAGCUGCUUCCCCGCAGCUUACCCCAGAGCAGGAAUUCUUUCAGCCCGUGGUUUGCUCGCGUGUCCAGGUCACGGGGACCAGCGCCCCUCGUUGGGAGGAGGUCAGCCGCGGUACCGGGGAUCCGACCGCACCCGCUGGAGCCGGCGGGCCUUCCUUUCCCAGGGAACGCGGGAGCUUAGAGGGGAAAGACGUGGUGGUCGUUUUCUUGGUUGCAUCCUUUCCCUCGGCCACAGAAACGCUUUCAGGAACUUUCUGCUCUUCUUGCAAAUCCAGCAGAAAGCCCUCUUCUCGUGCGUCCUCGGCCGCUCCCGCUGGGCCCCUCCUGGCCGCGGACCCACUUCUUGGCAGCCCACGUGGCAACCGCUGUCACCGCAAGACCCGCAGGCGCCACCGGCCUCUGGGGACGGGCUCGACGGGCUUGAAGGGCCGUGCGGACGGACGCCCUGCUUGAGCCGUGCCGUUGCCUCGGCCAGGGACGCCGACAGCCACGCGCCGACGGAGCCCUGCCCGACCCGAGCACAUGGGAGACUGCUGAGCGCCCGGGCGGCCCGGAGGCCUGGGCCAAACUUGAUUCUCUUUCAUUUUUUCUUCACCUUCCCACCUUGUUGCAAGUUUAAACGUUUCCCUCUGUAGCAUUCCAGCUGGUCUCUCUUUAGAUCUCAGGCCGAAUUCAUAGAUUUGCAGGAUGAUUUGAAGGUCAUCUACGGAAGUUUGUGGGGCCAGGAGAACUACCCAAAGAGAGGAUCUGUUGCUAUCAUAAGUAUGCUCUUUCAGAACACAGCACAUGAAAGCAGGAAGUAAGGUACCCUGUGGUACUUGAAUGUCUAUGAACUCUUUCUUAAAUUAAGUCCUAAUUAAAGGGAGACUACACAAGGGAAUGGAAUCAGGCAUAGGAGGCAAGAGACAAGAAUUCCAAAGUACAGAAGGUAAAGACUGCAGAACACCUACAGCAGGAAUCUUGGAAGAUUUGACAGUAAUUAUAAGGUAGACAAAUCUGGAGUGAGAAUAAUCUUCUAAGACUGGAGUACAUAGCGUACUUUGACUCUGCUUCAUGAAAGAGAGUCUACCUGAAACAGGUAGGAGGAUGUCGAGUACCUCCUUCACCAAAUGUUAUCAAGCUUAAUUACACAGGAUGAGCAACAACCUAUAUUCCUUACCUGUGGAAAUAUUUUUCAGCCCAGG